AUGGUGGAACUUCUACGCAAAGUUGGUAUGGAAACUUGCAAACCGCUUUCGACACCGAUGUCGACCACUGCACCAGUCACCUCCAAUGACUCUAAGCCCUUUGAUGAUCCGACGGCAUACAGGAGCCUUGUUGGGUCGUUAAUGUAUCUGCUCAUUACCCGCCUCGACUUAUCUUAUGCAGUUAACCGCCUAUGCCAGUUCAUGCACAGUCCAACGGAGGAACACUGGGUAGCACUUAAAAGAGUGAUGCGGUAUAUUCAAGGGACUCGAGAGCUUGGCCUCCGUUUCACACCUACCACUACACCGGUCCUGCAUACGUUCUCCGACUCAGAUUGGGCGGGAUGCUCGGUUGACAGGAAAUCCACGGGUGGUUACGCAGUCUUCCUCGGACCUAAUCUUGUGUCGUGGGCCUCCCGGAAACAACGCACGGUAGCUCGUUCAUCAACUGAAGCCGAAUACAAAGCCUUAGCUGAUGCUGCAGCCGAGGUAACCUAG